CUUCCCUUCAAAGUAAGGAACCCUCCAACAAGAUCUAAUCCACACACUUCCGUAAGCAAACAAGUUACCUUUUCAUUAUUCCCCCAAUCUUACAACAAAGCAAUAAUAACAUCCAGCCAAUAUUAUUAACCAUUUUAACCACCCCUCACCUUACAAAGACCACUGCCCUUUCCUCUUUCUCUCUUCCCACCUGUAUCUCUAGUUUUUCAUUUUUUUCUUCUUAUGACAAUUUUUGUUUUUCCAACUAAAAAUGGGCAUCAGAAUUUUCAUGAUUUCCUUCGUGUUAACCUCGAUUCUGUUCUCUGUUUUAUACAUCCCAACUAAACUAAGCAUCCCUAUUACAAGCUUCAAUCCCAUGGCGACCUUGAACAUUGUGCAAAAAUCCAACAGGACAUAUCCAGUUACAUUUGCCUACUUAAUCUCAGCAUCGAAAGGAGACACUGUCAAGCUAAAACGCGCCAUACGGGCCUUAUAUCACCCUGGAAAUCAGUAUCUGAUUCACCUGGACUACGAGGCGCCUGCCAGGGAGCAUAGGGCGAUUGCAGAGUUUGUAUCCAACGACCCAGUUUUUAGCCUGGUUGGUAAUGUUUAUAUUGUUGGGAAACCAAACUUGGUUACUUAUAGAGGUCCGACUAUGCUCGCUACAACGCUUCAUGCAAUGUCAAUGCUUUUGAGGUGCUGCAAAUGGGAUUGGUUCAUCAAUCUUAGUGCUUCUGACUACCCUUUAGUAACUCAAGAUGAUCUGAUUCAUGCCUUUUCAGACCUACCAAAAGAUCUCAAUUUCAUUCAGCAUACCAGUCACCUGGGGUGGAAACUGAACAAGAGAGGGAAACCUAUAAUAAUAGACCCAGGGCUUUACAGCCUCAACAAGUCAGAAGUCUGGUGGGUUAUUAAACAAAGGACUCUGCCCACUGCUUUCAAACUCUACACAGGUUCAGCUUGGACUGUGAUCUCAAGAUCUUUUGCUGAGUAUUCCAUAGUGGGCUGGGACAACUUGCCAAGGACUUUGCUUCUAUACUAUACCAAUUUUGUGUCCUCUCCUGAAGGUUACUUCCAGACAUUGAUAUGCAACUCUGAAGACUAUAGAAACACGACAGUCAACCAUGACCUUCACUACAUUACUUGGGAUAUGCCUCCAAAGCAGCACCCUAGGUCCCUGGGACUCAAAGAUUUCAGAAGAAUGGUUCUGAGCAGCCGCCCAUUUGCCAGAAAAUUUAAGAGAAAUGACCCAGUUCUUGACAAAAUUGAUCGAGAGCUUCUCAAAAGGAGGAAAGGAAAGUUUCCUUAUGGGGGUUGGUGCUCUGAAAAUGGAAAAAAACAAAGGGCAUGCUCAGGUUUCCAGGGUGGGAAUUAUGGUGUUUUGAAGCCUGGAGCUGGGUCUAGGAGGUUAAAAACUUUGCUAACAAAACUUCUUUCUGCAAGGGGUUUCGCUAAGAGGCAGUGUAGAAUAUAGAUGAAAAAUUUUUUUAUUCUCCUUAAAUGAAUGAGUACCAUAUAAAGUUGUUUGUUUUUUGCC